GUGUCCGCUCUUCAGUUCCUUCGCGUGCACAAAGUGUUCCGCGAAAUGGUGGAGCACAUCAUCCUGCAGCCGCAGCUCUGGAGCAGCGACUCCUUGAAGGAGUUUUACCAAAAGAAGAAACAGACACAAAUACGGCAGGAACCAUGUGUCCUGCAGUAG